AACACACACAGGCGUAUGUUACUUAAGCAACUUUCAGCGCUGAAUAAAGCAGGAUCUCCACAGCUAGCAAAACUGAGAUAAACAUCAGUACCAUGGCUCUCAGAAGUGUCAGUCGUCUUCUCUCCAGUGCCCAGAAGUGUGUUGCUGUCAAUGCAUGCAGAACCCAAGGCACUGCUGCUACAGCCGCCAGAGAUGCUGAAGAGGUGAAAAAAUCUGGGAAGCCAUCAAAGGUGCAAUUCAGCUGGCGCGACAGCCUGGACCUGGAGGGUCGACUUACAGAAGAGGAGAUCAUGAUCCGGGACUCCUUCCGUGACUACUGUCAGGACAAACUCAUGCCCCGCAUCCUCAUGGCCAACAGACAUGAACAUUUCCACCGUGAGAUUGUUUCAGAGAUGGGAGAGUUGGGCGUUCUGGGGCCAACCAUUAAAGGUUAUGGGUGUGCGGGCACUAGCUAUGUGGCAUACGGUUUGAUCGCUAGAGAAGUAGAGCGAGUGGACAGCGGCUAUCGCUCGGUCAUGAGUGUCCAGUCCUCCCUGGUCAUGCACCCCAUCAAUGCUUACGGCACAGAAGCCCAGAAGGAGAAGUAUCUUCCCAGGCUUGCUCGCGGUGAAAUCCUGGGCUGCUUUGGUCUGACAGAGCCGAACCACGGCAGUGAUCCUAGCAGCAUGGAGACCAAAGCCAAGUACAACUCUUCCAGUAACACCUUCACUAUUAGUGGCGCCAAAACAUGGAUCACAAAUUCUCCCGUGGCUGACAUUGCAGUUGUGUGGGCCAAGUGUGAAGACGGAAGGGUCCGUGGUUUUAUUCUUGAACGUGGCAUGGAAGGUUUUACGACCCCCAAAAUCGAGGGAAAGUUCUCGCUGAGGGCGUCUGCAACUGGCAUGAUCCUCAUGGAUGAGGUGGAGGUCCCCGAGGAGAACAUGCUGCCCCAUGUCUCCGGCCUGGCUGGUCCAUUCGGGUGCCUCAACAAUGCUCGGUAUGGAAUUGCCUGGGGAGCUCUUGGAGCGGCUGAGUUCUGCUUCCACGCUGCCAGGCAGUACACUUUGGACAGAAUUCAGUUUGGAGUCCCACUGGCCAGAAACCAGCUGAUGCAGAAGAAGAUGGCCGACAUGUUGACAGAGAUCACACUCGGGCUUCAGUCGUGCCUGACUCUGGGAAGACUGAUCGAUGAGAAGAAAGCGGCUCCAGAGAUGAUCUCCAUGUUGAAGAGGAAUAGCUGUGGGAAGGCGUUGGAUAUUGCAAGACAAGCGAGAGAUAUGCUGGGAGGGAACGGGAUCGCAGACGAGUAUCACAUUAUUCGUCAUGUCAUGAACCUGGAGGCGGUGAACACGUAUGAAGGAACUCAUGACAUCCAUGCCUUGAUCUUGGGCAGAGCCAUCACUGGACUUCAGUCGUUCACCGUUGGAAAGUAAAAGAAGACGGAGCGUUUUAGACAGACAGUCUUGGGUGGAUUGUUAGUGUCUCCUGAAUAUAGCACUGGGUCCAAAGGAGAUCUAAUCUGUACAGGUAAUAUUUACCUCAAGAGAAGCAAGGGAAGGUUUAUUUUAUGGUUUGUAAAUAAAAGCUGGAAGCCAGAGUCUGCAGAUCAGCGGGAGUUGAACUGUUCUUUAUUAACUCAUGCCGUGAACUGAUGAAUAACAUAUGAGUGGGAAUGUCUUGCGAGCUCAAACAAACAUCUUAAUUUUAGUAUUAUUCCAACACAAACUGGAGUGGAGGAAGAGGACGAACCGCAAAUUAAUCUUGGGGCUCAGCUGUCUUGUUCAUGGCUGGUCUGAGAAAACGUAGGAUCUUCAUGGCUUCCAUCAGUUCUUUGUUGAGGGUGCUACAUCUCUCGAAAAUCUCGCCCAGUUCCUGCAGCUUCACCUGCAUGUCAUUGCUGUUGGCCUCGUAGAAGGUGAACAUGUGUUCCUGCAUCAGCUGGCAUGUUCGUGUGGCCUGGCAGAGCAGAGCAGAGCAGCGGCUCUCAGUGACAGACCUCAGCGGUCAGAGGUGAAGCACACAGCUACCUCCUCCACCAGUUUACUGCUGAAGUUCUUGAUGACGUCCUGGUCACCGGCUCGCCUGUCGUUGAUCUUCUCCACCAAGAGUUGGACUUGCUGUCUGAUGUCGUCAAUGGUCGAACUGCAGAACAAUGAACUACUGGGUCAAACCUGGGUUUCAAACACAGACGAUGACACCGUUUUUCUACCUAGAAUCUUGUAUCUGACUCUCAUUCAGCCACCUC